AUGACUUCAACCGAGAACGAUGAAAUAUUAUUAAAAAGAAAGAAUAAUAAUGAUGAAGAUCACCUAGAAAAACAAGAUAUUAAGUAUUCAGAUGAAAAACUGCAAGAAAUCUGCAAGAAAUUAAAAUGGCAUGAAAAUCCUGUCUUGCAGACACCCAAGUCCUUUCGAGAAAAGACAACAACAUAUUCAUCAUUUUGUACUUGUUUAUGUGUUGGAAUUUUGAUUUUUCUGAGUUUACCUAUUAUUCUGACCAUAUUUAUUUUGUUUCUACUUCUAUGGAUUCUUCCUGGUUUCGGAUGGUUCUAUGAACAAUAUGCCGAGGCUCGUGAUCGAAAAAAAUAUUAUCCACCAAUAGACGAAAUGAAACCUUGGGGUCCUAAUAAUAAGCUCAUACAUGUGGUACAUCUUCGUGCAGCAGAAUCAAAACUUCCAUCUAUUAUUUAUUUAAGCGGCAUGAGUAUUAGCAUGUAUUAUGUCAAACCAUUGCUUUUGAAAUUCGUUGAAUUUAUGGACGAGCCUGUUGAAAUAUUAUCAUUCGAUCCUCCCGGAUAUGGUGCUUCUGAACCUCCUAAUGAUUGGAAUACAGAAAAUUUAGAAAAUGAAAUCUUAUUGUUACACCAAGUAUUUACGAAAUCAAGACUUCGAAAGCCAUUUCUUCUUAUAGGUGGAUCAAUUGGAGGUUUAUUAGCACAUCUCUAUUGUUUGACAUAUCCAGAAGAUGUCGCAGGUAUUAUUCUAUUGGAUCCAACACCGCCCACCGUAUUUGAACGAGAAAGUCCAGUAGUAACGGAUAUGAAUCGUGUACGUUCCGUAUGUAGAAUAAUGGCUCGUGCCGCUUCCUGGGGCUUGCUCAGACCUGUUUCAUUCUUGUUCGAUUAUUUCGGAGUUGGUGAUUUCGGUUAUUUCUUUCGUCCUUCGCAACCAGGUUACAUUGCUAUUUUAAUGACGCAAACCAUGUUAAAAAAGCUUGAAAAUCAAUUACGUUGCUGUUACACUAUCCCGGAUUAUAUAUCAAAGCUACAGAAGGAUGUUACGAUUCAUAGAGAUCUACCUUUGCUAGUUGUAAGUGCACCGGAUUCAACCAAAAAACGACCUCGCGGGGGUCUCACGGGAGAAGAAACUCUUCAGUGGUGGCGGAAUAAUCAACAGCUUUUUCUUCGCAGUUCUGAUAAUGCUGCUUUCAUUUUUCGUGCAGAUUAUAAUCAUGUACAGUGUGUAUUGGAUAUGGAACUAGCAGCUAAUGCCACAAAAGCUAUCUUGACACAAAUUCAUAACGAGACUAUUCGUUGA